AUGCGCAGGCCAUCUCAUGACGCAAUUCCUGGCCCCGAAGGACGGAUGCACACCUGUCCUAUAUUACCCGGUACUGUCCAAGUAUCAACGUGGGUGUCGACGGAAGACCAGAUUCACUUCACUUUGUGCUUCAGUGCAGUAUCACCGUCACAGAAGCUGCAAGCCACAGAAACAGCAAAGUCAACGCCAAUAAGUGUAUAUUCUCCGCUUCCAGCCUUGGCCCGCACCCAGCAGGGUGACACGAUAGUCAAGAACCAGAAGAACAUGAGAACCAAUUCCAUCAAAGCCGCCAUUCUCCACGACAUCAAUCUGCCAGUUUUGGGAUUCUGGGAGAGUGGCAGUGCCGUGUAUCUCAACCAAGUGACUGACCCCAGCUCAGCCGCGAGAGAACUGUCAACUAAGGCUGCCAGCAUACCUGUGGACGAUACCGAGAUCCUGGACGCAAAGUCAGCGCUGAGAUCCUGGGACCUCUGGACAAAAGACUUCAGCCGGCCACUGGAGAGAGACGAGCAUCCAAACUGCAUUCUACUUGCAACAGAAGCAUCCUUUUCUCAUUUGAUGAUAGCUAUUCGCUACAAGGGUGGUGAGAAGGCCAUCCUGGACUGCGCGGGCGAAGCCAUCAGGGAUGAGGUAACAGGAGAGUUCCUUGGCGGGGCAAUUACAUUCAGAAUGUGCCCGACGGCAUGUCCCAAGAAGAGCCGCAUGGAGACAGGAAGUUUGAGACCAUUUGUAACAACUUACCUCAACUGGCACGUCACCCUCCUCUCGAAAUCCCGUACCGUCUGGACAUGUGCUCCGGAAGGAUUUUGCAACUUCCACAACGUCCGCUGGUUCGAGUAUACAGGCCAGACCCAGAAGGAAUCGCUGGGUUACGGCUGGACUAAAAGGCUUCGCCCUGACGACGUCGGUGCCACGAAGGCUGCUUGGCUUCGCUCUGUACAAGACUGCGCGCCUUUCAGCCUGGAGUGGAUGCUCGCCAGGGCCGUCCCGCUUUCUACGGCAGCCAGUGGACAGGUUGACAAAUGGUUCGGCACGACAACGGACAUUCACGACAGUAUGCAGGCCAAAUUGGAAGCGAAAAACGCUAGACAGCGCCUGCUGAGUGUCCUUGCUCAUGCUCAAGUUACGAUCCUGACAUUUGAUACUACUCCUCGUGUCACCAUGCUUGAAGGUGCUGACAUUCGCGACGUCCCGUUUCGCACCGAGACAGAAAACGGGAGCUGGUACGAUGGCAAGGACGUGCCCAGUGUCCUCUCACUCACCAACCUCGACCGUGGUCCAGAGUUCGCCGCAUUCACCAGAUGCGUGACCAACGUGAUCUCAGGAAAGGUGGAGUCGACCUACCUCGAGCAUGGAACUGACGGAUUUUGGUUCCGCACUCGCUUUUUAGCGUUGCAAACCCCGAAUCCACCGGACGACGCACCAAACGGUAUCCAAGGGCUGAUCUGCCUGAUACAAGAUAUCACCGAGGCGAAACGACAAGAAGAAGCAUUGAAAGCCGUUGAAGAAGAACGUUUGCAGCUUCUCGCACGCGAGUCAGCGGCCAAGGAGGCAAACGACUUGAAAGGCCGGUUCCUUGCGAAUCUUGACCUUGGGAACGAACAACGAGCGCAUGCAGAGGCCAUCAAACUCUCAGCCAUGGCACUAUUACGGGUAGUGAACGACAUUUUGGACUACUCUAAAAUAGAAUCCGGCAAGCUUGAUUUGGAGAGCAUUCAGUUUUCAGUCCUCUCCAUGCUCCGGAAUACCUUCACGGUGCUCCGCAUAACGGCGAGAAUAAAAUCUCUAGAGUUCCACUUCGACACCAGUGCGGUUGACCCCAAUUUUUCAAUCGUGGGAGAUCCCGGUCGCGUGCAGCAGAUUCUUUUAAAUUUGCUCUCAAACAGUCUCAAGUUCACAGACCGAGGAUUUGUUCGGUUAUACGUCUCAACGGAGCCUGGCGGGGAAGAAGUCAAGUUCGUCGUCGAGGACUCGGGCAUUGGAAUCACCGCAGAAACUCAAAGCACUCUGUUUGAGCCUUUCAUCCAGGGCGAUGCAUCAGCCACCCGGAAGUUUGGCGAUACUGGCCUGGGGUUGGUGAUCUCUAAGCAAUUGGUUACUUUGAUGGGCGGUCGCAUCGCCCUUGAAUCUGUUCCGCACGCAGGUACCAAGAUCUCCGUCUGGGUUCCGACCAAGCAAGCCCAGCGUGAGGAUGGCCUUGCUUCCAGCAACCUUGCCACAUCAACCGAAGCGACGGAUUUCACGUACACGGCUUCUCUUCAAAAAAGCUUGGUUGUCGAGAACACCAGUCGGAAAUGUAAUGACGUUCUUACACCGUUAGCGGGAGGAACUGCCACGACUUCAACCUCUCUGGAGGAUCAGUCUCGCUCUCAGUACAGCAGUACAGUCGUUCUGCUAGUCGAGGACAAGUUGUGGCUCCAUGUCAAUGCGUUUGCAAUCAACCAAAAGAUCGCCGUGAGCAUAAUACGCAAGCUGGGCUUUCGUGUAGCUGUGGCUUGGAACGGCAAGGAAGCUCUUGACUACUUGGUCGUGGCGCACGAACAUCCAGACAUACAACCAAAGCCUGACCUGAUCUUGAUGGACAUUCAGAUGCCCGUGAUGGACGGGUACCGUUGCACAGAAAUCCUGCGAGGGGAGUCUCCUUAUAUGGAAUACGCAAAGGGUGUUCCUAUUGUCGCGAUGACGGCCUCGGCAAUUCGAGGCGAUAUGGAAAAGUGUUUGAGGGUUGGGAUGGACGACUACCUUACUAAGCCUAUACAGAUCGAGGCGUUGGAGCGAAGUUUGAUCCGGUGGAGUAGCAGCGCUGGAAAAGCAGGGUUGUUGGAUCAAUCAACCUCGGAGCCUAGAUGUGGCCAGCAGUCCAACGACGAAGCGAGAGACUGCGAGUGA